CACAAGGAGGUUGGUUCAGGCCCAUGCACCCCCUCAUUGUAAGAGUGGUUCAGUCUGGUGACCCCCAUGGUGGGGCUCCAUGGGUGAGGCCAAUCCCCAUUGUUCCAAUGGGGUUCAAUCCCCCCCCCAUAUAACCUCAUGGUUCAGUCCAACCCCCCGAUUGGCCAACAUGGUUCAGUGCAACCUCAUUGGCCCAACGUGGCUCUAUCCACCCCUUAAAUCCACAUGGUUCCAUCCAUUUCCCCCCAUUGGUUCACGUGGUUCAGUCCAAUCCCCCCCCCAAGGGUUCGCAAGGUUCAGUCCAACCCCCCCAUAGUCUCCACAUGGUUCAGUCCACCCCCUAUUGGCCCAACGUGGCUCAGUCCCCCCCAUUAAAUCCAAAUGGUUCCAUCCAUACCCCCCCAUUGCCCCCACAUGGUUCAGCCCAUUCCCCAUUGGCCCCUAUUUAACCACGUGGUUCAGCCCAUUCCGCCCCCCCCAAAUCGCACCCAAGUGGUUCCGUCCUUCAACAAAGCCACGCCCCCUCCCCGACCCUUUGACGUCAUCAAGGCGGCGACAGACGCGGCGUGACGUCAGCCGGCGGCGACAGAGGCGGGACCAACCCCCCCCCCAUGAGCCGCCGCCGCCGCUGCGGGGAUGGGACCGAAGCGAAGAGACGGCGCCGGGACGGCAGCCCCGGCGCGGUGGAGGCCGCCCUGGGGGCUCUGGCCGCGCUCUUCCCGGCCGGGCUCUUUGGGGACCUGCUGCCCCCCCUGGUCCUGCGCCACCAGCUCUACAGCAUCGUCAGCGACCGCACGGCCGUGGACCGGCACCUCGACCGGCUCCGGGCUGAUGGUCGCAUCCGGCUGCUCCAUGUGGGGCUGGGCACGGACACGCUGGGGGUGGUCUCUAUGGAUUCCUAUAGGGAGAAGGUGCUGGCGGGGGCCGCGGGGUCCCCCCGGGCCCCCCUGAUCCGCAGGUUCCUGGACGGAGCCGUCGCCGUGAGCCCGGCGCUGGGAUACGAGGAGCGGGACCUGCGGGAAUGGGGCUUCGGGGACCGGGACAUCACGCAGCUGGUGGCCGCGGG